GAGAAAGAAAGAAGCUCUCUCUGCCUACUCUCCAAGAAUACAUGGAAACUUUAAUUGCCGGGGCCAAAGAUCGCUGAGAAUAUCCGCAUCAGUAUGGAGGACAGCAGCGGAGUGGCCGUCCUCAUGCCCGACAGGAUGGCGGCUGUAACAUCGUCGCCUUCGUCGUCGUCGGUGACCGCGCGUCUCCAGGGAAACGAGCGGGAGCAGCCGAGGCAGCAGCUCAUCCAGGUCAUCGAGAAGCUCAGCAAGAUCGUGGAGAAGCGGCCGCGACGCUGCACGGUGGCGGGCCGCAAGAGGUCGCCCCUGGCCCGCUGCGGCGACGGAGGCGCCGGUGCCGUCUCACCCCCCAGGAACCACCGCAACAGCCCCAUCGCCAACCCCUCCAACCAGCGCAGGGAGGCCAGCCCUCCUCCUGAGGCCCUCUCCCCGACCCCUUGCAAGAGGGGGCGCACCGAGAGGGACAAGGAGGGCGACGCUGGUUCUGGUGCCGGUGCCGGUGCUGAGGCUGAGGAGAGAAAGUCAGAAGGGGGUCAGGGAGCAGAUGGGUUGGCGGCCGAGUUUGUUCCCAACGAUGUGUCGUCGCCAUUGUCGUCAUCGGCAGCAGAGGUAGGGAGGACUGUGACGUGCUACCAGUGCAGCCUCUGCCGUUUCCUGUCCCCCACGCUGAGCGCGCUCAGAGAGCACCUGCACCAACACAACGAGCAGCACAGCGAGCUCCUGCUCAUGUGCUCCGAGUGCCGAUUCACCUCCCGCUGCCAGGAGCAGCUAGAGGCCCAUGUGAGACAGCACUUGGAGCAGACGACAGAGGCCACGAGAUCAGCAGCGGCGGCCCCCUCAAACACACACCCUGCAGGGAGGCUAGCCGGAGCCACCGCCACCACCACCACCACCAUCACCUCCCUAUCAACGGCCCAUACGGAUCCUUCCAGAAGGGGCGGCACGGCGGCGGCAGCGGACGACCCUAGGUCCUACCAGGGCAGGGGGGGAGCCGGGGCUGGAGCCGGGGCCGGGGGGGGCCAGAGGAAGUGGUACAGCUACGAGUGUGGCACGUACCGAUGCCUCAUAUGCAGCUACACGUGCGUACAGCAGCGCAUGCUCAAGACGCACGCCUGGAAGCACGCCAGCCUGGUGGACUGCUCGUAUCCCAUAUUCGAAGACGAGGCGGAACAGCCGCAGCCGCAGCAGCAGCAGCAAACGGGCCGUCAAGACGCGGCUGCCAUGGCCGCCGUCCCUGCGGUCGCCAUCCCCGCACCUGGCUACACUGCCGCCACUUUCCCUCGGCUCAGGCAGGAGGGCGGGGAGGAAGCCAUCGUGCUCCUGGCUGCCGUAGGCGGGGAGAAGCCCUCCUCCUCUGGCCCUCAGGCCCUGCGCUCGGCAUCUGGACUGCAGAUCGAACUGUGUACUGGGCCGGUGGGGGUGGGGGUGGGAUCGCUAUGCAGGGAAGCGGAGAGAGAAGGGGAGAAGGUGGCUGGGAUGGUGCCUGCGUCCAGGAGCCUCCAGGAGCAGGAGCAGGAGCAGGAGGAGGAGCAGGAGCAGGAGACAGCCUUCGCCUCCAAGAGCCCCGUGGCAGAGGAGCCUCUCCCAGAGGUUCAGGUGGCUACUGAUGCAGAGCCAUUGGAGGUGGAAGUGGAGCUGGAGGAGGACGAGGCAUCCAGCGGGGGUUCGAGUUCACUGGGGUCAUCGGGGUCUGGGGGAGCCAACGACAGCCUCCUGAGCUCGGCCCAGAAGAUCAUCAGUAGUCGCGGCAACAGCGCGGGCCACGUCAACGUGAUCGUGGAGAGGCUGCCCUGCGCCGAGGCGCCCGUCACCAGCAAGCCCCUCCUACUCAGCCCGGAGGUGGCCGGGGACAAGGACCACCUGCUGGCGGUGGAGGAGGUGGAGCUAAACACCUUCUACCAGCCGCCAGAGGAGGUGGUCAUCGACUGGAGCGGAGCAGCGAGUAAACAACAACAACAAAACCAACAACAACAACAGCAACAGCAGACGCAAGCUGUGGAAGAGGAUGAGGAAGAGGAAGUGACGGACAGCUGUUCAGCGACGCGCCCCGCCGACGAGAACGUGCCCCCGGCACGCCGGAGGACGCACUCCGAGUCUCUGAGGCUGCAUUCGCUGGCGGCGGAAGUGCUGGUUGCCAUGCCAACGCGCGCUCCGCAGGUGAAGGUCGCAGCGGCAGCGUCAACGGCCAUGAUGACGACAACGGCAGCGGCAGCUGUGGCCCCGCGUUCCCAUUGGCCAGACACAGGCCGGCAGCAGCAGCAGCGUGCAGCAGAGACGCCCGUGACCGUGACCACCUACCAUCACCCCAAGGCCACCUCGGCCUCUUCUUCUUCCACCGCCGCUGCAGAGUUCGUCCUGAAGGUGCAGCAGCAGGGCGCCCCGGGCUCCACGCUCGACCCGCCGGGCCGGGAGGACGUGCUGGCAGCGGGGGUGGGGGCGGAGGGGGUGGAGGGACCCGUCGGCGCCAAGGGAGCCGGCAUCAGCCUCUCCCUGCUCACGGUCAUCGAGAGGCUCCGCGAACGCUCCGACACCGACAACGCCACGGACGAGGACAUCCUCAAGGAGCUCCGGAACAACGCCCAGAGCCAUCCGGGAGACAGCGCCGUGCCCGCUGCCGCCGCCGCCGCAGGUGUCGUGGGGAUUGGUGCAGGUGGUGGUGCUCCAGGCUCGGCCGUGGUAGUUGCCGCCGCUGGUGCUGGUGCUGGUGCGGGUGACUCGGCCCUGCUGGCGGACGCAGGCCUGGUGGAGCUGGUCGAGUACGUGGCGGGCAGCGACAGGCCCUACCGCUGCCGGCUGUGCCGCUACAGCAGCGACACCAAGGGCUACAUCAAGCAGCACCUGCGCGUGCAUCGCCACAAGCAGCCCUACCAGUGCCCCAUCUGCGAACACGUGGCCGCCGACAGCAAGGAGCUGGAGAGACACACGCUGCACCACUGCAAGGCGCGCACCUACCCCUGCAAGCUGUGCAGCAAGGCCUUCUACUACAAGAGUCAGCUGAAGAGUCACGAGCGCGAGCACCAGGAGGCUGCGGGGGGCGGGGUCGACGCCACGGUAACCCUGACGCCACUCCUCACGGACACCAACGCCGUUACCACAGCAACCGGGGCAGAGGACCCGGACAGGACCAUGGAAGAAGAUGCCUUGAGUGCCCAGAGGGUCUACAAGUGUGACGUGUGUGACUACACCAGCGCAACCUACGUAGGAGUCCGGAACCACCGCAGGAUACACAACUCUGACAAACCCUACAGGUGCUGCAGCUGUGACUUUGCCACCACCAACAUGAACAGCCUGAAGAGCCACAUGAAGAGGCACCCGCUAGAACACCAGGCCGUCCAGCUGCUCGAACAGUACAGGUGCUCCUUGUGUGGCUAUGUGUGCAGCCACCCCCCAUCCCUCAAGUCCCACAUGUGGAAGCAUGCGGGUGACAAGAACUACAACUACGAGCAAGUGAACAAGGCCAUCAACGAAGCCAUCUCCCAGAGCGGACGUUCCCCCACUGUUGGCCAGAAAGCCCCAGCCCCAGGUGUCGAGCCCAAAGCGGAGGCUCCCGUGGUGCUGUUGGGAAGGCAGGAGAACCUCACCUCCCUACCCGCAGGCCUGGGGAGGUCGCUGGGGCCCCGUGACGGCAGCGGUGGUGGUGUGGCAGAGGGAGGAGGAGGAGGAGGAGGAGGAGGAGGAGGCGCGGGCGCGGCGUCCGCCAAGGAGCGCGCUGGCCUGGAGUACUGCAUGCUCCUCUUCUGCUGCUGCAUCUGCGGGUUCGAGUCGACCAGCAAGGAGCAGCUGCUGGAGCACAUGAAGGAGCACGAGGGAGACAUCAUCAGCAUCAUCCUCAAUAAGGAGCAGCAGCAGCAGCAGCAGCAAGAACAGCAGCAGCAGCCACAGCUGCAGUCCCAGGCUUGGCCAGCAGAGGGCAGUGUGGAACCAUGAGAGAGCGCAUCCUUAUCGCCAUUGAGGCUCUCUCUGCCUCAUCUCCUCUCCUCCCUCUCACCCUCUUUCUCUCUCUGUCUCUACUUGUUUGUCUAUUUUGCCUUCUUUGUUUCUUUCUUUGUUUCUUUCGGUCUUUCUUUCUUUUCUGUCUUUCUCAGUCUCUCACCUUCCUCCUUUCUCCUCAGGAGUUUAUCUGAUUGUUAGUCAUCCCCUUGUCCCCUUCACACUGUAGAGCCAGUAAAAGCUUCACGCUGAGCCUGCGCACUUUACACACACACACGCACACGCACACACACACACAAGCUUGUAUAUACGUAUACACCCAAGCAUGCACAAAGCAUCGGUUGAUCUACAUACUCGGUUAAGAAGUGGGUUGUUUUUGUAGAAUUUUUCUAUAUCGCUCGUUUUCUUUCCCCCAGCCCUCUCCCUCUCCUCAUGUCCUUUCUGUUAAGAGAAUUUCCUCCAGCCCUCUCUUUUUUUAAAUGUGCAUGGAAUAACAAGGGUUUUUUUUUUCUUUUUGCAGAACCAAAAAGAGAGAAAAAAGAACUGUAACUCAGAUAGCAUUGUAAUGUUUUACAAGCGUAGGCUGGAUCGUUGUUGUAUAUUGGCUUGUGUAAUUAUAGAAUUAGGAAUUUAAUUUAAGAUCUUUCAUACCUCACUCUCGUAGAGUCAGCAGUUAGGAGCAGCUCUGCUUGUAAGAGAUUUGUGUUUGCAAGUAAGCACAAAGGCAGCUUCUCUGUUUCACUGUAAAAGGGUAUUAAUGUCGACAUGGCAAGGAUACAUGGCGUGCAUUCCAAUAUGCGACCUUGCGUCCUCCACUUGUGCUUGUGGCCUCGUACCAGGAAGUAAUGCGAAGUGACGACAUCACUGACAGCAGCAUUAUAUUUCAAUAUCUCGCAAAAGCUCAAUUGUAAAGUCAUUUUCUCAUUUGCAAACUGGAUGGUGAAUGAAGAAUAGUCCCCCAAAAAUUGUUUUGGCUAGGCUGACAGCGGGAAAAGUUCAUUCUUUUCUCCACGGAGGCGAGGCAUCAGUAAAAUGUGAGGCCACAAGCACAAGUGGAGGAUGCAAGGUUGCAUAUUGGAAUUCACAAAAUGUAUACGUUUCAUUUAUCCGUUGAGCAGUCGUGUUGUACAGGAGUAGAAUUUGGUGCUUGGGGGGGGGGUCAAGGUUGAUUUUAAUGAUUGUACUUUGGGUUAGUAUUUAUCCGUUGUAUUUAUAUAACUGCAUUUGAUUCCGUUAAUGGCCCGUGUACAUCAGGCACUACCUACGCGACCCAGGUAGCUGGGGUGAUUGAAGAAGUUUCGCCAUGAAUUCGUUUUAUUCGCUCUGGACGCUGCACUGGCAUGUUUGAUUCAGCUAAUCACAUAACGGCUCUGUCUUGACAGCCUGGGACAUUCCUCGAUAUGAACGUUCCAAUUGGUUUUCGCCUAACCGCGUCAUAGCGAAUUCGCUUAAGAUUAGCUUGAGUUUAAUCGUCAAAAUUCGCCCUGGUCGCUCAAGAAGCUUCGCUCCUGGCGAAUUCGCUCUGGUAGCAAUGACUUCCGCAGCGCAGGUCGCUUAGUUCGCCUUCGAUGUACACGGGGCUUAUGUGUUCUGGCAUGGUCAUGAGGGCCUUUAUACACCACCACAGCGACACACACAUGCACAUAGUCACACACCAGAAGUGCUUACACACACACACACACACUAUGGUGCAUACAUCCAUACAGAACAUAAAGGAGCACCUUGAAAGGCUUUCGAGGUUGCUCCAUGGUGCUCUAGUCCUCCAGGCCUCUUAGUAAAGAGACUGUACCUUCCUGUGGCUAACCUCACCCACCGUGAGAAACAUGUCCUUAACCUCAGAGUCUAGCCAGUGGGAUACCGUCUAGUGUAGUCGUCUUGAGUCCGUUGGCUGCCAUUCGUUAUGUCUGAAUGAUAAUGCAAACCCCCGUUUGGGGUUGUCUUCGAGGCCACCAGUCGCCCCAUCAUCCGAGAUUCUUUUUUAUUAUUAUCAAUAUUAUUAUUAUUAUUAUUAUUUAUAUGGGAGUAUAAUAACUACUUGUAUUUAUGAUGGUAAUUGUCCUCACUGUGUUGGAGAAAAGUGAUAUUUUCCAGUUGUUAUGAUUGAUUAUGAUUACGAUUACGAUUAUUAUUAUUAUUGAAUAUCCAUGUCUUCAUAGAGUUUUGCCUUGCGUAGGAACCAUAGUUUAGGACUGUUUAGGAAAGUGUGUAUUUAAGUGUGUGAGGUCAGACCUGACACAGACUUAGUUCCGUUAUCAAACCGUUAGUGAAAUGAAGAGGCUGUUCUCAAUCUGGUCCAAGACU